CGCGGAUGAAAUGAGGGAGUAGUAAAGUGCUUGUUUAACACCUGCCAGCCGUUACACCUGGGUUGGCUGUGAUGUUCCUACCGUCUUGACGUGAAUUUACUUACUGUGAUAGUCGAAAAAUAAGGCGGAUAUGCGUGUUAAAUUAAUGUAAUAAAAUAGUCUGUUACUUACAGCGUGCGAAAUGGCUGUGAUUUCCAAUGUUAUGCGCGUGAAAUUGAUUUUGUUUGCCGUUAUUUGUUUUAUACUGUGGGAAGCAUUAAGGACUGUUCCAAGUUUAUCUUCAAUUACUAACGCAGGCCCUGCUUCACUUGACCAUGGUGGUCUUGUUUCACUGAGAACACCUCUCAGUCCUGUUGAAGUUGCUGUUUACUAUGAAGCACUGUGCCCAGAUUCACGAAGUUUCAUUACAAGGCAGUUACUGCCUGCAUUCUUGAAAGGCCCUGGUUUGAUCAAUCCUGUUCUGAUUCCAUAUGGGAAAGCUGAGACCAGAGAAACACCAACUGGUUACGAAUUUACAUGCCAACAUGGACCCAUAGAAUGCCAGGGUAAUAAAGUGCAUGCAUGUGCUGCUGCCAUCAUUGGAAGUAAAGAGAUGCAAGUGAAAUAUGUAGCAUGCAUGAUAAGCAAUAACAUGAAUCCAGAAGAAAUUGGAGAAAUGUGUGCCACCAAGCUCGGUAUUGCUUGGGACCCAAUUCUGCAGUGUUCAAGAGCAAGGGAAGGAAAUGAGCUGCUAAAAGCAAAUGGUGAUGCUACCUAUGCCUUGAAUCCGAGUGUAUCGUUUAUACCAACAAUAACACUGAAUGGAAAUCAGGGUAACCAGGCUGCCAUCUUAAAGAAUCUGUUUGGAGAAGUUUGCAACCUCUAUACGGAAGCUAAACCAGCAGAGUGUGAAUAUGAGAGGAAACCAUCUGAGUAAUGAAGAUCAAGUUCCAAAUAAAAUGUUUAAGAUUCAUUGGCUUGAGCAAUAAAAAAUAACUCCUUCAGUAUUGUUAAAUACUUUGAAUAUCACAAUAUUGAGAAACUGUCGCACUUAAAAUAUAAUAUCCUGUAAUCCAUUCCUAUAAUUACAGUUAAUGCAUUUAUCAAAAAAUUGUUAACCCUUUACCUUCACAGUACCUAAUCAUGUGAUCUUGUGUUGCCGUUCCAUUACAAAGUAGAUUCUUUAAAGACUGUAAAUGUAAGUAUUUUUAUGAAGCUGAUGCUUUGAAAAGACUGCAUUAAAACAAGAAUAUGUCUGCAUCUUGUGGUUCUGGUGGCAAUUGUGAAAUUUAACACAGAAUUUAGAUAGUUAUUGUACAGAAGUAAGAGUUCGGGCAUUUCAUGAGAUUCUGUUUCACUGUUUUCCUUGCUACUGAUGUAUGCAGUAAAGUGUCAAUAUGUGGAAUACCUAUGCCAUUUGGUGCUGCUGCAUUGACUAAUUGUCAUUAUAUUGUCCCAAAUUAUUGAAAUAUUUUUGUUAACGUUGUUUAUAGUACCAUGGGGUAACUAUUGCAUAUGUUCCAUUUCUUCCCUGAAUAAGUAUUGCACUUUUAUGGGUAAUAUAAAGUACAAAAAAUUCAACGCUGUAUUGUAUAAUAUAAUUUGAAAUACAGAUUUUGUUACAGUGUU